UUGAAGAAAUGUUAUAAUAAAAUUUUAGAAGUAUAAAAUAUACAGAUAUAUUUUGGCACUUGAUUUCCUUGCUUCUGUUGUGUGACUGGGAAACCAUCGACGCUUUUGGAAAUCUUCUGCUCCUGCUUCUUCUUUUUCUGUUACCAACCUUUUCGCGGAACAUUCUCUUCAGAAAAGGGUAAAUUUGUGUUUCCCAUUUUUGGUUGAGAAACUGAAACAAACAUUAUUCUUUGGAUUCACAAAAAAUGGUGCAAGGUGUGUCAUUGAGCACACUAGCAACCUGUGGAAAGAGCAGAAUCUAUGGUUCACCCUUUGAGCCAUUUAAACAAUCACAUAUUACAUCUUCCACUGGAAAACACUUGGUUUGGAACAAGUGUGUGAAGAGUUUAGUCUUUAUUGGGUACCCUUUUGCGUCGAGGCAAAGAAGUGGUUUUAAGGUAGAAGCUGGAUGGAUGUUUAGAGGUGGAGAACAAGAGUUGGAUGCAAGUGUAGAGCAGAGUGAAAGUGCGAACGAAGAUAUCUUGAUGUUCUUUUUUCAACUGGAUUUAGCAACAAGAGUGCAGUGUGCUUUAAACAUGGAAGAGUAUGACAUUGCAAAGCAGCUGCGAAACAAACUUACCGAGGUUGAAGAAGAGGUAAUUAAGCAAAAACAAUCAAAAAGGGGAAUGUCUUCAAAAAGUGAAGCUCAAGAUAAAGCUCUAAGUGUUAUACGUCUUCGUUCAGAUCUUCAGAGUGCUAUCGAGAAUGAAGAUUAUGCCUUGGCUGCUAAAUUACGUGAUGAAAUUUCCAAACUUGAAGCAGAGUCUCUUGCUGCAUCAGCUAAAGCUUUGGCACAUGAAAAUGCACAAUAUGUCUUCCGCUUGGGGCAGAAAGUAAAGCAUAAAAUGUUUGGCUAUAGAGCUAUAAUCGUAGGAAUGGAUCCAGUAUGCAGUGAAUCAAGUUCAUGGAUGGAAAAUGCACAAGUUAAGAAGUUGUCGCGUGGUACCGCUCAACCGUUUUAUCAGGUUCUUGUUGAUGUGCGUGCUGAGCCAGAUCUACUGGUGGCAUAUGUUGCAGAGGAAAAUCUUUUAGUACCUGACAAAGCAGACAAAGGAAGAUUUGAUCACCCCUACAUGUCUUUUCUGUUCUAUGGAAUGGAUUCAGCUGGAGAUUUCAUCCCUAUUAAGCAACUUCGGGAGAAGUACAAUAAACCGCGCCAUGAAAUACCCUUUGACCCACCAACCGAUGAAGAUAGUGGAAAAUCUUAAAUUACUUAUGUGAGACUAUGUGCAAUGUUCAUACCAACUUCUGGUGAUUGGGAUUGAAAAUCUUGAUAUGAUAUAUCGAAAGAAUCGAUUGAAUUGCCAUGGAGAAAAGUAGAAAACUUAAGGACCAAAAAGCAUUCCUUGUGUUGCUUGUGCAAUGAUGGCUACCUCACCUCUCUAUAAGGUUACUCACAUUGCAUUUUGUUGUAUAAGUUUAAAUUUUGUAUGAUUUAAUCUGUAGUGAAGGUAUUGAUUACUCAACCCUGCCUUCAUCAUAUGUCUGUACAUAAAGUUGAUGAGAAAAGGUUACCUCCUAUUUCCAUCCUAAAAUGGGAGAGGUUGUGUUUAUAAUUGAGCAAUAGUCUAUGCAAAUAAAUAUUGUUUAGUUACUGCAAGUUAGUAUA